CUGUGACGUUCUACACACGUCUGCUCCGUCACUAUGGCUGCAAGAGACGCGAGGCGGUAAAAGCUUGCUUUAAUACGAUUAGUAUAUCCAUAAUAACUCUUAUCAACCGUUCUUUUGUCUAAUAACAGAAACGACGUAUGUCAUUUUCAUAUUUGGAUACAUUUAGUUCAGUAUUUGCUCUGAAACGAUGAAGAUUAACAGGAGAACCCAUCAGCUGCUUUCAUUAUGAAACUAGUUACAUCUCUAAUUUAUAAAGUACACAACCGGCACUCUUCCAAAAAAUGUCGAAAAUGUACCACAAAGAGAAAAGCAUUCAGAUAAAGAGCAGCGCGUCGGCGCUCUACAACAACCUGAGCGUCCUGCGCAUCGCGCCGCGAUGCCUCACCUAUUUCACAGUGGUCCACGCCAACGUGGUGAACAUGAUCAGCGCCUCCUGGGACGGGCUGAACUAUUACCACCGACAGCUGCAGUCUAAAGAGGGCAACGUGGCCACCAGCUCCUCACUUAUAAUGCAGGCAGCCUGGUGUGUCCUGCCUUCAAGAGAUCUUCUUGUUCUCACCUCUCAGAAGGGGCUCCAGAUGUAUGAAUCAGAUGGUUCAAUUAUGGUCUAUUGGCAUGCACUGGACACGCCAGAGACCCCUACUGCGAAAGCAGUUUUUUCCAGAGGAAUUGCUGCAGUGCAGGAAAAAUAUAUUUGUGUAGGGGUCUCAUCUGGCUCAGUGCUGGUGUUUGACGUUCCCAGUAAAGGCAGUAACAUCACCCUGUCUGAGGUUUUGGAGGAACAUAAAGAGGCAAUCACAGACAUGGCCUCUGAGUGCUCAGGCAAUCCGGAGUGCAUUGCUGAUUUAGUUAGUGCUGAUGACUCUGGCCUCCUCUGUGUGUGGAAAUCAGGAGAAGAUUUUCAACUGCUCAACAAGAUCCCAGGGUUUGACACAAGUUGUUCUUCAGUAAAACUCUGGAAGGGCAUUGUCAUUGCUGGCUAUGGGACGGGACAGAUUCGUCUGUAUGAGGGGGUCACAGGUAUACUGCAUGCAGAAGUCAAUGCCCAUGCACGCUGGAUCUACUCACUGGACAUCGCCCCGUUCACUGGACUGCUGAUCUCUGCAGCAGAAGACUCCUGGGUUCGAGUAUGGCAUCUGAGCUUGAGUCCAGAGAUGAAUAGUGUAGAGAUCGAGCACAUAUACAAUGAGUGUGUGACUGAUACACAGAUCUGUGGAGCCAAGUUCUGUGAUGGGGACGGCUAUGCCUUUGCAGUGACCGGCUAUGACUUGAGUGAGAUCAUCCGCUACACACAAGCCUAGUCAGGAAUACAGCGUGCACUUCUAGGACAUUCCCAUUGGUCAUAUGAGGAUCACCUGCAGAAGGAAGGUCAUGUCUUGACAGUGAAUUGGUGAGUAUAUUGCUGUACAGUCAUGAUUUACAGGGUCAGGCUGGAGUGAAUGCUACCAUAAAAUCUACUUCUAACGUCUUAGGCACUAAAAAGCCACACUUGAAUCUUGUAUUUCUACAUGAUUGGCAGUUGUGCUAAGUACAAAUACUCUUUUGUGCUCUGAUACUAUAAGUAAAAUACAUAACAUUGGUUAAACAGAACAGAUCUCAAAAUUAAGCAUUAGAAAUGGUUGUUCUUUUAAUGUUUUCUUCUGACAUAAUUUGUUUAGUAUUGUGUAGUAUUAGUAGUAUAGUAUUGUAUUGUUUGUUUAAUAUUAAUGUAUUUACUGAACUAUUUAUUUGACCUCAUUGAACAGUUUCGGAUGUGCAAUUGAAUCAGAUGGCAUGUAACUAUAUUUGUGGUUCAGAAAAUAAAACAUAUCAAAAUAGUUUGUAUUUAUAGUAAGUAUUUAUUCAUUAUAAAUAGUAUGAAUAUUAAAGCAGAGGCUAUUUUUCCAAAUGGAAUUAUAAUAUUCUUUACAUUUGUCUAGAAACAAAAUCAUUGUAUUGCAUAAUGUAAAAUCACAUAUUUUAUAUAUUUUGUUGUUAACAUAGUUUUUGCUAUUUUCUGUUUCUUUGUAAACAUUUGUCAGUGACAAUAAAAAAAUAAAAAUAAAUUGUUUACUGUGACUUUUAUUGCAAUUAAAAAUGUGUACCAGUAGAUGGCAAUAGAUCUUAUAUUUUUUAUGGUUUUCUGAAGAUUUGAAUUUUGAGAUCAGAAUUAGCAUAUUUGAUUCAACCAAAAGUACAUUCAAGUGCAUAGAUUCAUAUAAAAACAUCCAUUAAACACAUCACAUAACAUAUUAGAACUUGUCCAGCACUCAUUUCUAUUCAAAAUGUAAAAAAUAUCAAACAUAAAUUAGGGAUGUCUAAAUUGCCUAAAAUGACAAGGCUUUGUUUUCCAACUGACGUGCUAU